UGUUUUUUAAAGCCAACUAAAAUUAAAAUGGAAAGCUCGGAUCUGGAAAAGUAUGGUGGAUACAAUGCGCAGUUUUUACAUGAGCUUUUAGAUGAUUAUGAAUGCCCUGUAUGUAGUAUGGCUCUUCGUGAACCUGUUUUAACUCUGUGUGGUCAUCGACUUUGUUUUUCAUGCUCAGAAGAAAUAAAAAAAAGAAACUAUGGAGUUUUAGUUUGCCCAUUAGACAAAACCAUUUUGAAUUCUGAGAAGGUUUUUCCUGAUAAAUUUACUGAAAGAGCUAUUCUGCAACUAAAAGUUAAAUGUGAUAAUUUUUUAAAAAGUUGUCAAUGGACCGGAGAACUAAAAACAAUUAAUAACCAUUUAACCUCUUGCGAAUAUCAAGAAGUAAAAUGCCUUAAUGAGCAAUGCACUGCUACACUUUUGCGUAAAGAACUAAGUGAUCACAUGGAAAAACAUUGCAUUUAUCGUUUGGUUACCUGUAGAUAUUGCAAACAAAAAAUUAUUUGUAGUGAAAAUCAAAUGUCUUCCCAUAUUACUGAUAGUUGCGCUAAUACAAUUAUUCCAUGUCAGUAUUUGAAUAUUGGAUGCAAAUUUAAGGGAAUGAGAAAAGAACAUGAAAUACACGCCAAUUCUUCAAUGCAAAACCAUCUUUCUAUGGCGAUAUCAAAAUUGGACGCUAUUGAAAACAAACUUACUUUAACAAUGGAUACACUUGAAAAUAAAAUUGUGUCAAAAUUGAAUGCACUUGAAAAUAAAAUUACGUCAAAAAUGGAAUCACUUGAAAACAAAGUUGCGUCGGAAUCGAUUGCACUUGAAAAUAAAAUUACGUCAAAAAUGGAAUCACUUGAAACCAAAGUUGCGUCGGAUUCAAUUGCACUUGAAAAGAAAAUAACCUUGAAAGUAGAAUCAUUUGAAAACAGAAAUGCGUCAGAAGUGGUUUCACUUAAAAAUAAAAUUACGUUCACUGUGGAUGAACUUAAAAAUGAACUUAUUUCAAAAGUGGAUGCACAAAACCAUGAAAUUAUGUUACAUGAGAGAAACUUGGAAGUAAUAAAAGCCUUUCUUGCAGUUGAAAUGGAAACGUUCGUUGACUUUGUUCCGUUCUUCAUGCAAGCUUCUGACAUUCCUGACCUUCUCGAAUCCACAAUUUAUCUGAUUACCCCAGAAGAUCUGCGAGCCCUCGCCGUAACGACCUACGCCAUAGCACUCCCACAUCUCAGUUUCAGCAGAGACGAAACAGAAAUACGCGAACUGAUCGAAACUAAUUGCCAUUCACGAAACCACCGCCGUGGUCAACACUCGCUUUGCCGCGACUGCCACCGAACAUGGAAUCAAUUUGGUAAUGACGCACGCUGCAGAGAAAUAAUUUGUGAGAAAUUUCAAACAGUUUGCGCGAAGGCAAAAAAAAUUAUAAAUAAAUAAAAAUGUUUCCCUUGUGGCGUGUAUAUAUUUUUUAUUGACAUGUGUUUCCAUUUUUUCUUUUUUUCUUUUUCUGUUUUCUGUUAUUUUAUUAUUCUUCUGUUUUCUGUUAUUUUAUUAUUUUUUUCCAGGCAAUUAUGCAUUACGUUUUCUUAAAGACUAUUAUGUAGAAGGAAAUCGUAAGUUUAGAUAAGGUUUUGCAAAACGUAGUAAAAAUUAA